GAAAUGAGGCAAGUGGAGUGUGCAUAUAUAUCACUUGAAUUGCUCUGGGUUUUCCAGGCUUUCUCUCCUAACGUUUAGCCUGCAUAUGUGGCAGGCAUCCUCAGAAGUUUGUCAGAAAUGAGGCAAGUGGAGUGUGCAUAUAUAUCACUUGAAUUGCUCUGGGUUUUCCAGGCUUUCUCUCCUAACGUUUAGCCUGCAUAUGUGGCAGGCAUCCUCAGAAGUUUGUCAGAAAUGAGGCAAGUGGAGUGUGCAUAUAUAUCACUUGAAUUGCUCUGGGUUUUCCAGGCUUUCUCUCCUAACGUUUAGCCUGCAUAUGUGGCAGGCAUCCUCAGAAGUUUGUCAGAAAUGAGGCAAGUGGAGUGUGUAUAUAAAUCACUGGGUUGCUGUGGGUUUUUCGGGCUGUCUGGCCAUGUUCCGGUGGGAUUCUCUCCUAACGUUUAGCCUGCAUAUGUGGCAGGCAUCCUCAGAAGUUUGUUAGAAAUGAGGCAAGUGGAGUGUGUAUAUAAAUCACUGGGUUGCUGUGGGUUGUCCGGGCUGUGGACGCGAAUCGGGCAAGUCCCGGAUUGACAUAUUCAGAUGCUGGACGAAAUACCCAAUUUCAUUGCGGCGUUCGUUCCGCACCUCUCGUAUAUCCGUGUGAGAGAGUGAAGCGAGUGGAGUGUCUAUAUCCCUGUGGAAUAAUGUCCAGGGUGUCAAGCAAGUGCCGAUCAGAACCCAGGACGUUCUGCUUGCUCCUCGGACCCCGAAACCCUCUUUUGUGCCGCCACAACUUCACACUCACACUACAGGAAACGCGGAGGAGGAAAGUGGCCUCGUUCCUUCCAAAAACAGGCCUUACGACUACUUACACUUCCCGGCGGAACGUGUCCUUUCUGCAGAAGUAUUGUGCCGGUAAGUCCUUGAAAAGAGGUCUCCUUCGCUCGGGAAUAACAACGCUCUUUGCUCUUUUCUUUUCUUCUCUCGCAAGGCUCGACUCAAGCGCCACGGCCUUCGGGAUGCAGCUGGCCCUGGGGUGGAUCGUGGCUGCCUUCCUCCUCCUCCGGGUUUCCGGCUCAGCGUCCCCGGGCAUCCUGAACAUUGACUACUGUGUCACGUUUUGGGCGAAGAACAUCACAUGCUACUGGGAUCUUCUACCCGAGACACAUCCUCCGACAACGUACGUCCUCCACGUGACAGAGGAAUCCGGACGCUGCCGGCGAGACUUCGGUCCCCCCAUGCAUUGUGUCGCCGGGCCGGGAGAGCGCUCCUGCAGCGUCGCUGUCGAAAACCUCUUCGCUUUCUACAAAAUCCGACUCGUGGCGGAGAGUCGGGACGGACAGCUGAGCUCUCCGGAGAAGUGUGUCCACGGGAUGAGCAUCGUCAAACUCAGCCCUCCGGUGAUUGACGAAGUCGUAGCGAACCACAGCCGUUGCUUCCAGGUGUCAUGGCACCUGCCGGGGGACGAGAUCCUCUCCGCGUCGGAAGCGCAACACGAGAUCCAAUACCGGGACGAGACGGAGAGCUCCUGGAUUCAGGUGAACGUCACGGUUGCCGAGAACGCCGUUGCCUUUGCCGACGUCUGCGGCCUUUUCCCGUUCAACAACUACUCCGUCCGGGUGCGAGCCAAGUAUCUAUGUACUCCUUCUUUACUCAACCCAUGGGGUCCUUAUUGGAGCGACUGGAGCGCCGAGAGAUGGGUACAAACGAGGGCGGCGGCUCCUUCCAACGGGCCGGCGCUUUGGAGGAAACUCGGGACCCCCGACGCCGACGGGAAGAGAGCGGUUGUCCUGAUGUGGAAGCCCUUGGAACCAAAGCAAGCCAACGGCGAGAUCCUGGCCUACCGCCUCUACUCCCAGAAGGACGGGGAGCCCGCCGUCCCACAAUGCCGCACUCGGGACUUGCAGUGCGCCCUCUCGCUCCCGGCCCGGAUCGGGCACACCUUCCUCCUCACGGCCAGCAACGCCGCCGGGGUGUCACCGCCGAGCAAACUGGUGACCCCACCGUUGGGAGAAGAUGAUCUCUCCCCGAUUCCGGUCCUUGCCUCGCCAGUGGGGGGAAAUGCCUUGCUUUUGCAAUGGUCUCUUCCCAGCUUUCCGGAGAUGGGAUACAUCUUCGAGUGGGGCCCGUUGUCCGAGAAACAAGACUCCAAGGUUUUCUGGCACUAUCAGCCCGGGAACGUCAACCAGGCGGUCAUUAAGAAGGCCAUUGAACCCGGGCGCCUCUAUGAAGUCCGGAUCUUUGCGCUCCUCAACGGAAGCGUUUGGGCCUCGGGAUCGACCUCCGGUUACUCCAAACAGAUUGCGCCGCUCCGGGCGCCGGUUUUAUAUCCCACCCAAGUCUGGAAAACCCGGAUGAAGCUUCAGUGGGAGGUGCUGCCCUUGGCCGAGCGGGGCGGCGUGAUCCGGAACUACUCCAUCUGCUACAAGGAAGACGGAAAGGAGGAGAAGACCGUGGUGGUCGCCGGUUCGGUGCAGAGCUGCCUCAUCGAAGACCUGAGGCCCGGCUCUGUGGUCAGGAUCCACAUCACGGCGUCCACCGAGGGAGGCACCACCCGCGGACCCACCUUGGCCGUCCUAAUGAGGAGUAGCGAUGACGGCGAAACGGAGACGUUCUUCUCCGUGAUUUGCGUGGGCUCCCUCCUCACCCUUCUCCUCGUCGCGGGUUCGUUGACCUGCGUCUGGAAGCAUCGGAAGUACGUAAAUAUAACCACAAUAACCGUCGAACUACCGGAGCCGAAUUUCAGCCUUUUUUCUGUUGUUCUUCCAGGAUUCAGAGGUAUCUCUGGCCACAGAUCCCGGACCCGGCGAAAAGCGGCCUCGCCACAUGGAUGCAGCCCAAACUGUGUCAAAUUAGUAAGGAUCUGCCUCCUCGUUGUCCGGAAAAGUGGGACCAAGGCUAUCUCGGCUUGACCGUCGCCGACAUCUUGAAAGCGGUUCCUCCGUCCCAGCAAGGCGGAUCGAGUCUCGGAAGGAUCCUCGGCACACAGUGGCUCGUCCAGGUCCAGAAGCCCGUCAGAGAGGGUUCCGCCGAGGCGGACUACUCCAAGGUGGUGGUCCAAGGCGUCAGCCCCUGCCCUUCCUGCUCCCUCUUGGACCACGCUCCACAAGAGUGCCACCCCGCAGCUCUCUUCGGACAAGGCGUUUGGCUCCAGAAUCUGACCUACGAGUCCGCAGGUAAAUUCCCGCUGCUGACGAAUCUGAUGGAGAGGAGCCUCCACCCAGCAGAAAUCCCACACAAAGAUAUCCCACAAAGCUUCUAGCCCGAUUUACAGGUCUCGUUCGCCGAGUCAGCUCUCCGCUCCGAUCUCCGCCGAAUCCGCUCUCCACUCCGAUCUCUGCCAAGUCCGCUCCGAUCUCCGCUGAGUCCGCUCCAAUCUCCGCCAAGUCCACUCUCUGCUCUGAUCUCCACCAAGUCCGUUCCAAUCUCUGAGUCCGCUCUCCACUCCAAUCUCCGCCAAGUCUGCUCUCUGCUCUGAUCUCCACCGAGCCGCUCUCCGUUCCGAUCUCCACAGAGUCCGCUCCAAUCUCCGUCGAGCCACUCCAAUCUCUGCCAAGUCCACUCUCCGCUCCUAUCUCCGCCGAGCCUCUCUCCGUUCCGCUGUCCGAGUCCGCUCUCUGCUCCGAUCUCCGCCGAGUCUGCUCUGAUCUCCGCCAAGUCCACUCUCUGCUCCAAUCUCUGCCAAGUCCACUCUCCGCUCCGAUCUCCGCCGAGCCGCUCUCCGUUCCGCUCUCCGCCGAGUCCGCUCUCCGGUCCAAUCUCCGCCAAGUCCACUCUCCGCUCCGAUCUCCGCCAAGUCCGCUCUCCACUCCAAUCUCUGCCAAGUCCACUCCAAUCUCCAAGUCCACUCUCCGCUCCGAUCUCCGCCGAGCCUCUCCGUUCCACUGUCCGAGUCCGCUCUCCGUUCCGAUCUCUAAGUCCGCUCUUCGUUCCGAUCUCCGCCAAGUCUGCUCCAAUCUCAGGCUCUUGGAAGGAGGCCCCGCCCACUUCCCUAGCUCCGCCCUCUGUGUCCUAACAUGUGCCCCAGGAUUCUCAGCCCUGUCUUGGGCUAUUGGGAAGAAGCCACGCCCCUCCCCUGGCUCCGCCCCCAUGUCCGAAUAUGUGCCAUCACUGCCCCCCUGGAUCACUGCAGCGCCCACCAGGGGGCGGUAGCACCCACUUUGGGAAUCUAGAGCAAACUUGUCCAACAGAACAAACUAAGUACUGAUGGGGGGUGAACCUGGCAUGAUGGGAGUUGUAGUUCACCCACCACCUUAUGCAUUUGGUACAAUUAAAACACUAUUAUCAAGGUAAUACCAUAUAAGCAUUUCCCGCCCACCCCAAAGGUCUGCCGUCCCGAGCUCCCGAUAUCAGAGCGGACUGAAAAAUCCCGAAUCGGACUGCGUUUGACAUUUUUUUUAUUGGAUCAUCUCGACACACACAGACCGGGGGGAAAAAGUGUUACAGCAGCUUUAGGUGGUUUGGUUUCCUUUUGUCGUCCCUCCCUCCUCUUUUCAUUCCAUGUCGAUAGCAAAAAAUAAAAUAAAAUAAAAAUCAA